UUUUGCAGGGUGGAAAAAUACAGACCCAUGAAAUUGUGUGAAAUAGUUGGAAAUGAAGACACUGUGAGCAGGCUGGAGGUCUUUGCAAAAGAGGGGAAUGUACCCAAUAUCAUAAUUGCUGGUCCCCCAGGCACAGGUAAAACCACCAGUAUCCUCUGCUUGGCUCGUGCUCUGCUUGGUCCUGCAUUAAAGGAUGCUGUUUUGGAGCUGAAUGCCUCAAAUGACAGAGGCAUUGAUGUGGUGAGAAAUAAGAUCAAGAUGUUUGCCCAGCAGAAGGUCACACUCCCCAAAGGUCGACAUAAAAUCAUCAUCCUUGAUGAAGCAGACAGCAUGACAGAUGGAGCCCAGCAAGCCCUGAGGAGAACAAUGGAGAUUUAUUCCAAGACAACUCGUUUUGCACUUGCCUGCAAUGCCUCUGACAAGAUCAUAGAGCCCAUUCAGUCCCGCUGCGCAGUGCUGCGUUACACCAAGCUGACAGAUGCACAGAUCCUUGCCAGGCUCCUGAAAAUUGUUGAGAAAGAAGAUGUGCCAUACACAGAUGAUGGGCUAGAAGCCAUUAUCUUCACAGCCCAAGGAGACAUGAGACAGGCACUAAACAACUUACAGUCCACAUAUUCUGGAUUUGGCUUUAUAAACAGUGAAAAUGUCUUUAAGGUAUGUGAUGAGCCUCAUCCUCUGUUGGUGAAAGAAAUGAUACAACACUGUGUAAAUGCAGAUAUUGAUGAAGCUUACAAGAUCCUUGCCCACCUGUGGAGACUUGGAUACUCUCCAGAAGAUGUGAUUGGCAACAUCUUCCGUGUGUGUAAGACCUUUCAAAUGCCAGAAUAUCUGAAACUGGAAUUUAUCAAGGAAAUUGGGUACACUCACAUGAAGGUUGCAGAAGGUGUGAACUCACUGCUGCAGAUGGCUGGGCUGCUGGGCAGGUUGUGCCAGAAGACAGCAGCACCCAUGGCCAGUUAGGGCUGGCAGCAGAACCCUCAGCUCUGCCAGG